CUUCAUUCAAAUUCGAAUUAUACUUGUAUGAGUGAAGAAUUUGAUGAUUGCCAUUGGAAAAAUAUGAUCUCUGCUAAUAAACAGUUUGAUAUUCAGCUGGGAGAUGAAAUUGGAAAGGAUUUCUUCACCCAGGAUACAGUGGUCUGCGCGUUUCGAAACAAGGAGAAGACCACGGAUUUUGUCUUCACAUCGGGUCCAAUUAUUCUCAUUUGUGAUGGAACGACGCGACGGAAGAUGAUUAAACGACGGUUCAAAAUGGAGUUUGAUAUCAAAAAAGUGUUCUUCCACUCGUUCAUUGUGACUCGAAACGCUGAAAAGUUGGCAACUGAGAAUUGUGGUGGACCUGAUACGAAGCAUCGGGAUUAUUUGGUUGUGUGCGGUGAGCAUAAGCUCCAGUUCAUAUCGCUUCCCGACUAUCAUUUCUAUCACUAUGAAAUUCCUUUUAAGCUUCGCAACGUGUUCUCCUGCUCGACAAGUCUUCUGGUCGAACGGUUCUACGAUUCAUCCAGCGAACAAACCUUCCACCAUCACGACACAUUUCACCUCUACUCGCUAUCCGGUCCAUUCGGCGAGCUUCUCCCGGUUAUCUACAAGACAAGCGGCUACCAUCCACAAUGGAAAUUCUGUUGGCAAUCGCAUCGAGACGAGGCUGGACUCGUUGACGCUCAGCAAAAUUACGUUGUUGUCUAUGAUCAGAAGGAGAAGACGCAUCGGAUUUAUAUGGCACGAGAGACACAAGAACAGGAAGUUCACGCAGCGAUUCGAUACGUUGAAGCACUCAGAAGACCGUCUGAUUCAACAAUGUUCGCGUCGAGUUUGGCGCCGAAUUCUGCCGGCAGAACUACGCAUUUUGAUCCGACACUCAACUCUCCCGCCGAAAAUGUGCUCUCCGAAGUGAUCAGCUCGGAAAUUGAUAGCCGCUCACCGUUCACUCCUCAUCUGCGAUCCGGUUUUGGACAUUCUACUCCAAACAACCCGAACGCUCCAGGCUACCCUGCAACACUUCCAACACCGAAUUUUGAAGGCAACAAUGACUCUCAAAUAUGGGCAACUACUCCGAAUACGCCACGAGUUAUUGCGAGAGGAGGUCUCGAACGGAAUAUACAUACUAGAACACUCGCCAGAAUGGUCAAUGAGGAUGCACCAGGAACAAGCACACCGGCUGCUCAGUCUAGACUCCAGACAACUGCUUCACCAUUCCAUCGAACUCAUCUCACACAAAUGUGCCGUCGCGGGGACACCAAUGCAUCGUUGCUUCGGGACUUUACCAGAAUGAUACGCGAUACGCCAAGGAACUUCUCGAAGAAUACACAGCAUGGAAAUGAUCGUGAUUUUGGAGAUCUUGAACGAGAUCCUGAUGUUGAUCUACUCUUGUCGAAAGUGUGUCUGGAAUGUGUUUAUGUGGAACCGAAGGAAGGAGCAAUACCGAAAGCCAACAAGAUCUUCAUCUCGAAUUUCUUGUCAGAUAUGUACAUUAAUUUGGUCUCAGUCACCGGAGAAGUUAUGAAGAUCAUCCCAAUAUGGAAGAAUGCGGAGACUACACGAAAAAAUCUAUUGGAGAAGGGAAAACACGAGCCGUGUGUUGUAGACUGUGUGGAUGCGGCAUUUGUUAUGAAGAGUGGGAUUACUGUAGUUCUUGGUUCGGAUUUCACGACGGCAAUGUUUGGAGGCAAUGAACGGAUUGCUCCGAUUUUUAUCAAAGAGAUGAGCAAUCAACGCGUUGGUCGAAAAUUCCGCCUGUUCAGUUUUGCUGAAAAUCGAAUUUUUGCUGUCAAUGAGAUGCGAUGCAUCGUUGUCGAAAUCCCCGAGACUGUCACUUGUAAAUCGGCAACCGAACUGAUGAGAACAUGCUUCUUGCACCUUGAUCGAGAUUUAUCGAGAAAACUUUUAAUUAAGUGGAGAUCUGUAAAACGAGAUGUGGAUACGGAACGACUCGAUUUGGAUCGAAAAGAGAUGAUCGAUGUCGCAAUUUUUAUGCUGGACAAUGUUGGAGUUCGAGUUACAAAUGUGGUGGCUCAGGAGAGAGCUGAUAGUCCAGAAGGUCAUGGAGGAAAGCAAAUGAGGCCGAGAAUGUCUGAUUCGGAAGUUCUUUCAAUGAUGAGACAAUUCUUCGAAGAAAUGACGUUUAGACCAAAAUCUGAAGUUAUAACCGAGGAUGGUUAUAAAUGUCAUCUUUCCGUGGAACUUGAUCCAAAUGGUGAAGGAUUCGUGCACACUCAAGAUCUCCUUCACGCAUUUCAUUCACAAUGUGAAGAUUGGUCAAUUAAUACAAUGAUGCAUUCCAUUCUUCUGGAACUCAUCCCAUACGCGUAUCUUCUGGCUAAAGUUAUGAAUUAUCGUGCAUUCGAGGAAUAUUAUGUUCAACUAUUCAAGCAUCUCCUCUCACAGAUUGCUAUCGAAUUCAAAAUUCCGCCGGAAAUUCAUGAGAAAUUUGUUGGCGCGAUUCACAUUCCGAAGCCGUGUUGGUCAUUGAAUAAUGUGAUUGCACAUAUUAUUUGUGAAAGAACAACGCCUGAAACUAUGGAAUCAAUUCCAAAAUUUAUAUCAAAAAGUAGUGUUCGCCUAUUAACAAUCCUUGCUGUUGGAAGGAAGUUUAUCGGUAUGGGAACAAAUAUUGAUAUGGAUUGUGAACGAUGGUUGGGCAAAGAUUGGAAACGUCGGAUUGGAUUGUCUGGAGAUAUUCUCAAAUCAUUCCGAAGAAUUAUGAAUGGAAAGAGUUCGAAUUCUGCAGGACGUGCUAGCCAAUUGAUUGAACUAUUCGAAAUUGGAUCAAUUACUAUCGACUUUAUGGUUCUUGCGGUGAAAGUGCUGAUGCUCAAGUUCCAGACAGACGCAUUCGCUGGAGCACAGUCUAUAGAACCGAAAAAAUGUAUCUAUGCGACUGCAGAUGAGAUGAUUAGUAUUGCACAUCUUCGAUGGAAAAAUGAUAUACGAAUGCAUAAUGUUCAAUUAAUGCUCAAUUCUUCUCGGCCAAUUUUGAUUGCCACCAAUAUUCUGCGAAAAAACGAGGAUGACAACAUGAAAGAGCUGCAAGAUCGAUUCCUCACCCAAACAUCGUACCGCACAUUCUCUCAACCAUUCGGCCGAGCAUUCCUGGACUUCCGAACCGCUGUACCAUCAUUGCUCACGAGUAUUUACAUCCCUCGUUUGAAUGUUGGUGGAAUGAUAUAUCCAUCUCGUGUCACAUGUGAUCCACCAACAACUGAAAUCUUCAAGCUCUGCACCGAAUGGGGAAACUUCUACAAUUCACUUGCGUCGGCUCUCCGAAUCGGUUCCAGUGAGACAGUUCGAAUCGAUAACGAAUGGAUUGUGAUGGUCUCGAAGAAUAUUAAAUCGACUGCCGUGAUUGGUGGAAUGACGUUGGGAUUCGGUUUGAAUGGUCAUCUGGCUCCAUUCAAUAUGUAUCAUGCUCAUCAGAUGCUCUCCACGUUUGACAAGUUUCAUUCGGUGGCGUUGCUCAUCGGUCUUUCAGCCUCUAACUUCACAACAUGCGACGUCCAAAUUCAUAAGAUUCUGGCAACAUAUCUCAGCUUUUUGAUGGGUCCCACUCCGUUGGAAAUCAAAUUAGAUUUCACUAUUCAAACUGCUGCAAUAUCCGGAUUGGGUCUUCUAUUCGCCGAUUCAGGGAACAUGACAAUCGCAAAGAAACUUGUAAACGAGAUUGGAAGAGCACCGAAUCGAGACGAAGAGCCAGUAACCGAUCGGAAUGCCUAUAAGCUUUCUGCUGGAUUCUCUCUUGGGCUUAUCAUGCUUGGGAAAGGAAAUGGAUCCGCGUCGACGGUGAUACCAUUUAAACAGAAUAUUCCGCCAAUGUCACAACGAUUGAUAUACAUGAUGAAUGGAAUGCGACGAGAUAAAUGUGUAUUCCUUCCACAAGUGGCCCCUCCCGUAGUCAAUGAUGUUCCAAAUUUACCAUUUUCCAAUGGCGGAAUGAUGACAUCAAGUCAAGUUGCAAAUCAUGUCAAAGAGAGUGAAUAUAUCAAUAUUCAUCAAUCAGCUGAACCUGCUGCAAUUGCACUUGGAAUGAUGUUCAUGAAGAUGAAUAAUGAGUUUAUCGCCAAUGCUCUAGCUCUGCCUGGUACAAUAACCGAACUGGAACGUCUGAAGCCUGAUUCCAUGUAUUCUCGAGUACUCGCACAGUGUCUAGUUAUGUGGGAUUCGAUUGAGCCGACACAUGAUUUUGUGAAGAGUCUGAUACCUCCAGUAAUUAGAGAAUAUGCAACCGCAGCUCUUCACUUUGGAGUUCCGAUUCGUCGUGAUGAAGAUGGAGAAGAGGUUCAUGAAGCAAUCAAUGAUGCUGAGGAAAAGUAUUGGGCAGAAAUUGUAGACAAGGGAACUGUCUCUCAAACAUUCCUUUAUGCUGUUUCGGCUGCUUGCAUGGCUAUUGCUUUGAAAUUUUCAUCGUGUGGAGGACCUAAUGAGAAGAAUAUUGUGAACACUGCAUUCAGAAUUAUUGAAUACUACACAAAAAUUGUGAUGCCUGAUGGAAAAUCAAACAAAGACAUGGGAAGUAUCCGAAUGUGUAUCUACAGUGGCGCCUAUACACGAACAAGUUGCCUGUCGAUGCUUAUUACGGCUAUGGCAAUUCUUCGCGUCGGAACUGGAGAUCUAGAAGUGAUGAGAUACGCACGUCUCCUACGUCUUUGUGAUAAACCUGAAAGUGAUUGGAUUGCCACUGGGAAGAAGCAUUUCGAGCAAAUGGUUGCUCAUCAGGCACUUGGAAUAUUGAUGCUCGGAGAAGGAAGAUAUGCAUUUAAGAAGGACGAUCUUUCAAUUGCACUCACCAUCAUUUCAACGUUCCCAACCAUUCCACAAAGCGUUUCGGAUAAUUCACACUAUCACCAGCCACUUCGUUUCCUGUGGAGCAUGGCUGUUGAGCCGAGACUUCUCGUGCCAUUCGACAUUGCCGAGAGCUGUGUGGUUGAAGUUGAUGUGACGAUUGUUAUGAAGCCAAAAGAUGGAAAUGAGCCGAUUGUCUACAAAGAGAAGGCUCCGUAUCUUCUUCCACCACUCGAGGACCUUCAGUCAAUUUCAAUUGGAGGUGGCAACUAUCAAUUGGUGCAUAUCAGUCUACAAUCAGAAGAUCAGGUGAAAGUGAUGAAGGAUAUUAUGACAAUUGGACAAGGACGCGUGAUGCUCAAAAGAUAUGGUGUAGAUUCGUCGGAAAUGAAGAUAAAAGAAGCAACAACACUGUAUGAUGAUACUCCUAGCUUGAUGAGCAUGUUUAAUAAUGAAGAUACUGCUGUGGAACUUGACGAGUAUGAGAUUCAGUGUAUGAUGGAGAAGAUUGACGAAGGGAUUAACUUGAAUAGCUCAGACGAGUAUCCAAAUGUUCAAAUUGAAUUGAGUUGUGUCAGAGAUGUCACUGAACGAACAACUAUGGAUUUGGCACAAUUACAGAAACGAUCCUUGAAACUAUUAAGUGAAAGUCUUGAUCUCUGGCAGGAUGAGGUCAACGUUUCAAACACAAUCAACGGGUUGGCUGAUGCGGUCCAGGAUAUGCAGAUCUAACGGGUUUCUGCGAAUUUACCUUUUUUUAAAUGUAUUAUUAUGCUUUUUCAAAUUGAACUAUUUAUGAAUAAAUUGAUCGAAACUUGGUCAU